CUGGCAACCAGCCUGGCCUGUGACGUGCAGAUCAGGAGCAGCAUUCAUCUGGAAGUUGUCGCCAUCAGCGGUGGCUAAAUAUUGAGCUAGCCCUUAAGUCAGUCAGCUGUUGUGUUUGAUGAUAUUAAAUUCACACAUUUUUGUUUUUGUUGUCAACUUUUUCUGGAUUAAUUUAUGUAAUAUUCAUCAGUAAACGGGUUUUGUGAUGUUUUCACAGUGCCAGCGGCAGCAUCUGUGAGUCUCGGGAAGUAGCAGCGAUUUCGCUAGUUAGCUAGCUACCUAGCUAGCAGCAUCGUGAGAUACUUUGAUUUAAUAACCCAAAUCCACGUUUUUAGUGUUGUUAUACGGUUUUUCGGAUUUAUUUCGCUGUUGUCAAUCGAUAAAUUGAUAGUUACGGAAGCAGCGACUCGCAGUUCCGCUGAGAACCAGGAGAGAUUUGAGGCUAACGAAGCUUAGCAGCCUUUUGGGGUUGGUCUGUCACGGUGGAAGUCUGAUAAGCUGGAGCUGGCAUCGACACAUUCCCCAUCUUUAGCAGGCUGCAGGGCCCGACAACGAAUAUGUCCGAGGGUGAGAGCAAACAGGGCCCGGACAGCGGCCAGGAAGUGAAGCCGGAGUCCGCGGCCGCUGCGCCUGCAGGCCAAGGCGUGUCAUCCGUGUCCCCCCCGGUGUCCAUGGUGACCCAGCCUCAGGCUGCUGCCACCACGGAGGAUGAAGAGGAGGAGAGCGAGGAUGAGUCAGAGAUUUUGGAGGAAAGCCCUUGUGGACGCUGGCAGAAACGCAGAGAAGAGGUGAAUCAGCGCAACGUCCCAGGUAUUGAUAAUGCAUAUUUGGCGAUGGACACAGAAGAAGGAGUGGAGGUGGUGUGGAAUGAGGUCAUGUUCUCAGAGAGGAAAAACUUUAAGCUGCAGGAGGNNAAAGUCAAAGCUGUUUUCGACAACUUGAUCCAACUGGAACAUUUGAACAUCGUGAAGUUCCACAAAUACUGGGCAGACGUCAAGGAAAACAGAGCCAGGGUCAUUUUCAUCACUGAGUACAUGUCAUCAGGAAGCCUCAAACAGUUUCUGAAAAAGACAAAGAAAAAUCACAAAACUAUGAAUGAAAAGGCCUGGAAGCGUUGGUGCACGCAGAUACUUUCUGCUCUCAGCUACCUGCACUCCUGUGAUCCUCCCAUCAUCCACGGCAACCUCACCUGUGACACCAUCUUCAUCCAGCACAACGGCCUCAUCAAGAUCGGUUCUGGUGGGUUCCAGCGAUCUCCUCUGCAGCUCAUUCCUCGGUUGAGGAUGACACUAAAUUUUUCUUUUUCAGUUGCUCCUGACACCAUCAACAAUCACGUGAAAACCUGUCGGGAAGAGCAGAAGAGCCUUCACUUCUUUGCUCCAGAAUACGGAGCUGUUGCCAACGUGACCACAGCGGUGGAUAUUUAUUCCUUUGGAAUGUGCGCCUUAGAGAUGGCUGUGUUGGAAAUCCAGAGUAACGGCGAUUCAUCUUACGUGUCCCAAGAAGCCAUAAACAGUGCCAUUCAGUCACUAGAGGACCCAUUGCAGCGGGAAUUCAUCCAGAAGUGUCUGGAAGUGGAUCCCAGCAAACGACCCACAGCCAAAGAGUUGCUGUUCCACCAGGCCUUGUUCGAGGUGCCCUUACUGAAGCUGCUGGCUGCACACUGCAUCGUCAGCCACCAGCACAUGAUUCCAGAAAACGCUUUAGAGGAGAUGACGAAGAACAUGGACCCAAACCUGGUUAUUGUUGAAGCUAAGAAUGGAGUCCAGAUGAAACUCUCUCAGUUUCCUGCCCUCGAGUUGGACAAAUUUUUGGAAGACGUGAGGAAUGGGAUUUAUCCUCUGACCGCGUUCGGGAUUCCGUGUCCACAGCAGCCUCAGCAGGAGGCCGUCAAGUCCCCCAUCGUCCCCCCCUCAGUAAAGUCCCCGACCCCUGAACCUGCAGAGGUGGAGACGAGGAAGGUCCUUCAGAUGCAGUGUAACAUCGAGCCUGUUGAUGAGGGCUCAAAACAUCAUCUCACCUUGUUGUUAAAACUUGAGGAUAAACUGAACAGGCACUUGAGCUGUGAUUUGUUACCAAAUGAGAACGUGCAGGAGCUGGCCGUGGAGCUCGUCCAGCUGGGAUUCAUCAGCGAGGGCGACCAGCCGCGACUCGCGUCCGUUCUCGAAGAGGCCUUCUCCAAGUUCUACAGCCGAAACGGCUCUCUGAACCCGGUGACGGUCUCGUCGUAGCCCAGGACUCGGGCCUUUGCCUCAACAGCUUUGCAUGGAGCAGGAGGAAGCCUUGAUGCGACUGCAGAGCCCUGCAGCCGGUCCUUGUAUCUUCUAGCGGGAAAAGCUGCCACUAAGUGGUUUUGGCUUUCUAUAUAUAUUUUUUUUCACUCAAUACAGCCAUCUGCUUCUCUUUGAAAAGAGGAAAUUCUAGUUACAACUUAACGGAAAAUACGCUUACUUCUUUACAUCAGGUAGAAAUAAGCGACAUAUUUUCCUUUGAGUCAGUGUUAUAAUUGUAUUUUAAAAGUUUUUACCUGAAAUCGUUUGCUAGUUGUUUGUCUUCUGCAUACCGGCGUGUGUUAUGGUGUUUGUGAGGUAAAGCCCGACUCUGUCUGGAGCCGUCUGCCCAAAAGAAUCGGAACCCGUUUGGACCGCCGUGAGAGCGAGGCGUCGGCGGUUGAAUGUAAACUGAAUCAUACUGUAAUUAGUGGAGUGAGAGUUGCACCGAUCUGAUGCAACAUCUCGUCUAAACUUGCUUCUCCGAUUUCAGACGUUUAUCUCACACUGAAGGUUUUUGUCGGAUUCAUUUUUUCGGGCACUUUUAGGUUCUUGGCCGCCGUCACCUUCGCCUCUUCAGUUACAGACCACUCGUAUCUGUUGACCGUCUAGGGAUCUCUGCUAGUUUGCACAUCUGUAACACUUCUGUUGGAAAUGUCCCGCGGCCUCCGGCUCAUGCACACCAACAGGAGGGAGCUUUCAAUCGAAACCGGUGAUACAAUCUCGUCGUCAAUGCUGUGACUAGUUGCCGACGGGGGUUUGUAAAUAGAGCGUGGGACCGCCCGGCAUGCUGGACACUCGUGUCUCCACACGGCUUUUACUCCCCUUUUUUCCAACUUCCUUCAAUUAAAAAAAAACACAAAAAAA